AUGAACUACUUUACACCUGUCUUUCGAUGCGAGGUGGAGGGGAUCGCUGAGACUCAGUGGCUGGGAAGUGGUAUGGACGCAAAGAUGGACAUGAGCGACACUCCGCCCAAUGAGGUCACUGGAUUCCGGGUCAGACGGAGCCCAAGGCUUGUUGAUCGCUGCCUCGAUGUCAUGGUCCGGAUUUCCGGAUCUGUACCGGUCUUUUUCAUGAUUCUAGCCGGUCUGUUGACGUGGGCUCUGUUGGGCAUUCGCUUUGGAAACUUGAGCGUCUGGAUUGCUUCCAUCUCCGAUGUUCAAGCUAUUCUCUGUUACGUCUUUGAUUCUUUUAUCAUGCGUCAGCUCCUGCGCCAGUAUUCCGAGCAGCGCGAAGCCAUAGUCGAGCUCCGGUCCCGCAGCCACAGUCAUCAACGCAUGCUCGCCAGCAUCCAGAGGAAGCUAGGACAAGACGGGAUCCGUCAACUCGCCGAGAAGUGCAACGCGGAGCCUGUGGAGCCAAUUGAUUACAGUUUGCACUCUCAGGGGCCUUUGGCUCGGGGUAUCAUGCACUCCGCGAGGGCGUUUGGGCAUGUACUCAGCUCCCUUCUCUUUUGGCAACUCUACAUCAACGACGCGACAUCCGCGCUGAUGAUCCUGGUAUUUGCGUUUCUCGCCUGCCUCCGAGAACGCUACGCGGAUCAUAGCAACACCUCCCUGGAUGCCAUUUUCCGACUCGACUCGACCCUCGAGAUGAAGCUUCGCUGCUUGACAAAGGAGGAUCUACCAAACCCUAUGGUGGUUGACCCCCCACCCAAGGAGAAUAUUUUGCAGGUUGUGAUCUUCUACUACGCGGACAUCAUUGGAACCUUAGUCGGCCUCGUGUUUCUCGUGCUUGUGAUCAUCGCCUGGGCUGCGGUCGGCCCUGUCCUCCACUAUGACAGUAACUGGUGGCUCCUGAUUGGGACGUACGCCGGACUGGUGGGUCUAUUUGACAGCUUCGUUCUUCGUAAUGUUCAAAGCAAAAUGCAUCAGUACAUCAAGAGCCAGAUGAGGAUGGUUUUGAACGCAGAUGCGGCGCUGCUCACAGAACUCUUCCUUGCUACCGAUGACAGCGCAGGCAGCAGCGCCCCGCGCCAAUCUCUAAGCCAGGCAGUCUCCCGCCAGAUGGAUGCGGUUACCUCCCAUGUUCUCAUGGUUAUGGCAGGCUUUUUACUCACCAUCGGCUGUGUGGUUGCGUCCAGCGCUAUGAAGUGGAGUCUAACCGGACAGUUGAUCUCGAACGUACCGCCCAGCAUCAUCGAGACCUUCUUCAUGCUGAUUCUCAUCAAUGGUCAGAACGACGCCGAGGCCAGCGUCCAUAGAGACCUGGACGACUUGUACCACCACCGCCAGCGACUGUUGUCCUUCACGCAACUUACGAAAGAGCUUUUGGAAGUACAUGGGCAGUCAGACACUGCUACGAUGCCUGCGCCCGAAGAAUAUUUGCUCCUGGCCUUUGUCCUAUCCCUCGAUCUCAACCCCUGUAUUGUUAUUCCUGAGCCUAUUCGCCUCCGCAGUCUGUCUAGCCUGACCGAGCGCAACAAGUUGGCUCUUCAAUACCUUCAUACUCUGAAUACUCACCCCUUCCUCCGGAUCGAACAGCGCAUCGAACGAUACUACUUCACCUCUGGCCCGCAUCACGGUAGUCAAAGCAAUCGUCCUGACCAGAGUAAUAACCUCACUGCCCCUAAUAGCAAGACUGACCUUCUCUGGCAUCUUGUGGUCCCAGUAUAUCUCCGGCGAAUUAUCGAUGCCCCGUGGCGGGAGCGUCAGAUCGAAGACCAGCCGCAUGUUCCCAUCGAAAAAGACGAGCUAUACCAAUACCAACGCUAUCGCUGGCUCACCAAGGAAGCCGAGCAACUGGCCGCGCGGUAUCGCAAGUUUCGGCUGCCAGCACUGAUCAACGCUGCCAUCGAAGUAGCCGGGGGUGAUGCUUCCAAAUGUACCAAGGUCCUCAAAUGCAUUGAAGGGCAAUACAACAAGGCCUUGAUCUUGUCGAUGAACAAUGGCCAGGAAGUGGUGGCCCGGCUACCCAAUCCCAACGCCGGACCGAGAUUCUACACCACCGCAUCGGAGGUGGCAACGCGGCACUUUGUGGGUAUCCAAUCUCUGUGA